UCCUUCUCAAACGACUCCUCCUUCCAAGGAACACGACCAUGGCUGAACGCAGAAGCAUUCUCGCAUAUGAACCUAGCCAAGUGGGCAAUCUUGUCACUGGUAUCCUCUACGCCAUCGAGGGCAUCGUAUUCCUAUACUACACCAUUCGGCACAGGAACAAAUGGGCCAUAUGCCUUCCCAUCGGCGCCAUUUGCUCCUCGAUCGGAUUCUUCAUGAGGUUGACCCUCGACCCUGACAAUUUCAAGUUGGUCCCCUAUAUCGCCCAGCAGGCCUUUGUCGUCAUCUCCCCCUGCGCUUUCCUCGCCUUUAACUACAUGCUCUACGGCAGGCUUAUCGUUGCGGUCGAUCCACAGUUCGGUCUCGAUAAGUCCGGAUCCAAGAUGGAAAAGUCACGUUUCUCCAUCAUUCCUCCCCGAAUCGUUGGUCGCACCUUUGUCUGGUCGGAUGCCAUCACGUUCUUUAUUCAGCUUUCUGCAGGAGGCAUGCAGGCUGCCGGAGGAAACUCGAAUCCUUCACUCGCCAACAUGGGCAACAAGUUGUUCCUUGUGGCUGUCUCUGUCCAGGGCGCCUCAUACUGCCUCUUCACCGUAUUGCUCUCUGUGACCUUGCUACGCCUGAUUGCUUACAGAAGGCGCACCCAAUCCAUUCAGGAUAGGGGGGGCUGCAUGGGGAUCGACCGAAGCACAGCCACCAUUGUGGCAGGACUCUACUUCUCCAGCCUGUUCAUCAUUGUUCGAUCCAUCUACCGUAUCGUCGAGUUUAAUGAAGGAUACCAAGGAUAUCUGAUCACUCAUGAAUUGUACUUGUUCAUCCUCGAUGCCAUUCCUCUUGUCAUUGCCAUUGGUAUCUGGGCUAUCGUUUGGCCAACCGUUCUGCUCGAUAGAAUUGCAUCCAACGUUCGGCUGGAUUCGCAAGGGUACGCGAUGGGAGGCAGCCACAAUCGCGUGCAAAGCACGGAAAGCAUUGAUCGGUCGCGGCUUGUAUAAGUCGGGCAUAGAAGGACGAAUGUAUACCAGUAGAUCAUAAAUAGAUAGUUAUCUCGAGCCAUGCGAAUACAGGGCAAAUACCAU